UGCGGGCAGGGCGGCGGCGGCAGACACGUGUUCGGUUCCGGAAGCGCGUCUUGUAUGGACUGUGAGGUCCUUGCCUGCAGCCAUGGGGAAGAUGCUGUCCAAGAUCUUUGGUAAUAAGGAGAUGCGGAUUUUGAUGCUGGGCUUAGACGCUGCUGGCAAGACCACCAUCCUUUACAAGCUCAAGUUGGGCCAACCCGUCACCACCAUCCCCACCGUGGGCUUCAACGUGGAGACGGUGACCUACAAGAACGUCAAGUUCAACGUCUGGGAUGUCGGGGGUCAGGACAAGAUCCGGCCCCUCUGGAGACACUACUACACCGGCACCCAAGGGUUGAUCUUUGUAGUGGACUGCGCCGACCGGGAUCGGAUUGAUGAAGGCCGCCAGGAGCUUCACCGUAUCAUCAACGAUCGAGAGAUGAGGGACGCCAUUAUCCUGGUCUUUGCCAACAAGCAGGAUCUCCCGGAUGCCAUGAAACCUCAUGAGAUCCAGGAGAAACUGGGUCUCACUCGCAUUAGGGACAGGAAUUGGUACGUCCAGCCGUCUUGCGCAACCUCAGGAGAAGGACUCUAUGAAGGCUUAAUGUGGCUUACAUCUAACUACAAAUCUUAAUUCUAGGGGGGUGGAUCUAGCUUGAUAAUUGGCACACACACAUCCCUAACCAAUGAUUCUUUGAAUGCACAUUCUCCUCUAUCUUUCCCCCCCCUCUUCAACUCUUCCCCAACUCCUGACAGAGAUUUAACCAGCAAAGGUGGAGGUCUGGAAGACAUUGUGGUGGUUGCAUCUCACUCUUGGAAAAUGCCUUGAUAUAUGCCGAUGGGGAAGUGGAAGGGAUGGGGGCUUUGGCCCCAAUUAACCAAAAGCCACCCAUGUGCAUUCCUUCUGUACAUUCCCCCAGCCCUGUGGUUCUCUGCACUGUGGUGUCUUCCAAGCAAGCAAUCUUAAGCCGAAGGGAAGCACCCGUGUGAAGAGUGUGAGCUGGACGCAAUUCCAGGAGCUCUGUGUUGACCUGGGGUAGGCCCCCUGCCCCCUUUUAAAGGUGAGCAACCUUGGCACCUCCAAGGAAGCUGGGCUUGCUCUGCCUUGGCUCCGCUGCAGCCUCCUGGAUGCUACCCUCUGCUGCUUUGGCACACCAGGUUGGCGGAGCAGGCCAGGCCAAGGGGGUGCUGCAUUUGCCGGGCACACUCAGGGGGAUGGGAACUCUUGAUGGAAUGCUUUGAAGGUUGAAUCUUCUAAUGCAGUGUUUUGCG